UGAUAAAGAGAGAGAGAGAGAAUCAACACUGCUGCAGGAUAUUAACCUUCAAGGUUGAAUUUAGAUACGAGCUGCAUUGUUACAUUUUUAUCUUGACUGACAGCAUACGAAAUCGGUGGUGAAGAAAAGUUAGGACUAAUUUCCUUAAUGAACUCAUAAUAAAAAUUUUCGGAAAAAUCAAAUGGGCUUUGUUUACAAAAGCAUCUAUAUCAACCUUCAAUUUUAUUAGAGCUUUGCAAGAAGCAUUCUGCUGAAAAUGGAUCCAAAAGUGUUGGGAAGCAUUAAUAUUCCACCUUGGCCUAUAACCGUGGCCAUCACAGCCCUAGUCCUAGCAGUAAUAAUAAACUAUUUCACGAAAGAUAAAAAAUUACCACCAGGGCCAAAAGGGCUUCCUUACUUUGGAUAUUUACCAUUUCUCAAGAAAGAGCGUCUCCAUGUUCAACUGGAAGAACUCGGGAAGAAAUAUGGAGACCUUUUCAGCUUCACCAGUACAGGGUUGCUUUUCCUUCAUUUGGGAUCCCACAAAGCCUUAAGAGAAGUCUUAGUAUCGAAAAGUGACUGCUUCGAGAUCAAAGCCAAGUUUGACGGUAUUCUGUUCGAUGAAGGCCUGUUCUUUGUAGAUGGCGAGUGUUGGAGAAUCCUCCGCAGAUUCUAUACCCAGUACUUGAAAGAGUGCGGCUUUUCUUCUGUCAAGGAUGAGAAAGCGGGGGCUUUUUAUGACUCCACCCAUGCCAUCAUCUCAGACCUCAAGGCAUCGAAAGGCAAACCAUUCAACAUCACAGACGACAUGAUGAACAGAAGCACCUACAUCAUGCGCAAGAUCCUUUUCGGUGAAUACGGCAUGUCAAACGACGAACUUCGGGACUUUAACCAAGUUUACGAAGAAUUGUUCAGUGGUUUAACUGACAUGCGUUUCUUUUUGUGCUCUAGCACAAUAAGGAGUCUUCUUACCUUUCGGAAUCAUGUUUUUAAUAAUGCACUGAGAAGUUAUCGAAAGCUGCAAGACGUAUUGCUCAAGAUUAUUCGAAGGCAUGAAGAAACGCUUGACGAAAAUCAUGUACGAGACGUUGUCGAUGCAUUCUUAAUGGAACGAGUGAUCAGAAAAAGGAAAGACGAUGGAACUGCAGAAUUUUUCACGGACAAAGGAUUUGUGGCUACAUUGAUUCAAAUAGUUGGAGAUGGUAUUGUGUCUGUGGCCCUCUUCACCUCAGGCUUUAUCAAAGUUCUUCUGGACCGACCCGAAGAGCAGGAGAAAAUUUACAAAGAACUCGUCAACGUUAUUGGCACCGAUAGACAGACUACGCUAGAAGACAGGAGCAGUCUGCCUUACACGAAUUCUUUCAUCUACGAAACAAUGCGGACAUCAGAGUUCUUUCCUCUUUUUCCAAGUGUUCAAUGCACGAGGAGAACAACUUUGCGUGAUUAUAGAAUACCCAAGAAUACGGUAGCUCUUAUAAAUUUCUGGGCAGUAAAUCACAAUCCAAACACAUAUGAGGAUCCUUAUGAAUUCAAGCCUUCAAGAUUCAUUACAGUUCCUGGGAAGCCAAAACCAGAGCUACCAGUCAUCUUUGGAAUGGGUAAACGAGCUUGUAUUGGUGAAUACUUCACAAUGGUGCAAGCAUUUUUGUUCCUUACUACAAUCGUUAAAAAUUUCAAACUGUCCUAUCCUCCGGAAGGAAAGAAAGAAGAUCCCGUUUUCUUCACGGAAGGAAAAAUCUAUGCGAUUGCAGAACCAAGGGUUAUUUUCCAACAGAUAAAAGAAUCCAAAAUGGUUCCAGACAUCAGCAUUGAUUCUCCAGUGUCAGUAGCUGUAGCUGGUAUAGCUGUUCUCUUGGCCAUUACUUAUUUCACAUUGAAGGAGGCUGAUAUUCUCCCUGGACCAUCAGGUUUUCCGUACUUUGGUCUGUUACCAUUCCUUGAUGACAAAACUUGUCACGUAAAAAUGCAAGACAUGGCAAAGAAGUAUGGCGAUCUUUUUAGUUUCAAGUUCGCUGGUACGUUGUACAUCUGCAUGAAUUCUGCAAAAGCUAUGAGAGAAGUUCACGUUACAAAGUGGGACUGCUUUUCCGAAAGAUCAACCAGAUUUAGUAUUGUUGCUGCUUUGCUUGGAGAAGGCGUUGCAGGUGUCAAUGGAGAAGCUUGGAAAACUCUUCGUAAGUUUUUCAUCCAGAGCUUGAAAGAAUACGGAAUGAAAGAGAACAUGGGUCCUGUCUACAACUCGCUGUCUGAUACUAUGGAUUAUCUUCGAAGCAAAAAUGGGGAUCCAGCUAACGUUUUACAGUUGCUGACAGACAAAUGUACCGUCACUAUUCGAAGUGUUUUGUUUGGGGAGAACGGAAUAUCUCAAGAGAGUAUCGAAAGUGUGAACGAUGCCUUAAGUGUAGUACUAGGAGGACUUACAAGUACGAAAUUAAUGCUUUACGGCAUUUCUGCACGCUUCAUAUGCACGUUUUCAACCAAGUAUCGCAAUAUUCUUAAACGUAAUGAAGAGCUGACAAAUAUUUUGCUGGAUACUGUAGCAAAAAUCGAGAAAAAGAUGGACGAAGGUUGUCCGACUUGUGUUGUAGAAGAUUAUUUAAAAGAGCGGAACAAAAGACGGUUUAAAAAGGAUCAAUCUGCAGAUUAUUUUUCUGACAGGGCCCUCGUAUCUUCUCUUUCUCAGUUUAUUGGCGAUGGUAUCCUCAGCACUGCAUUUCUGAUUGGAGCUGCGUUGGAAACUCUGCUUCAGUAUCCAGAGGAACAGGACAAGAUCUAUCGAGAAGCCUUAGAAGUGAUCGGGAAAGACCGGCUCCCGACCGUUGAAGACAAGAGCCGCAUGCCCUACACCAACGCCGUUCUUCAGGAAGUGGAAAGGAUGGCGAACAUUGUGCCCUUGUUCCCCAGUGUCACAUGCAUUAAAGAAACAACUAUACGAGGAUACAAGAUACCAAAAGGAGCGAUGACGUUGCUAAACUUUUGGACCAUUCAUCGGGAUCCAAAUACUUACGAAAACCCAGAUGAGUUCAAUCCUUCCCGUUUCCUUUUGAUACCAGGAAAAUCAAAGGCUGAAUCACCAGUUACUUUUGGAAUAGGUAAAAGAGCCUGCAUAGGAGAGGCUUUAGUCAAGACUCAAAUAUUUCUGUACAUAACUUCAAUCGUCAAAAAUUUCCAUCUUUCUGCGACACAAGCAGGAACAACUUCGUUAAUGGAAGGAACAUUGGAAAUAUGCUUUCUGCCAAGAAACAGUCAGUAGAAAAUACAUAUACAACUUGUUUUUAUGUUUCAUGCACAAAGGAUUUCUUUGUAAAUACUUAAUGUAGA